GCAUCAAAAGUACAAUGGGGAGGACCCAUUCCCACAUUAUUUUGAGAGAAAAGCCAAAGAGGCUAUCUCCUCACUCACCCACCCCAUAAUUUCGGCCAAGGCACACCAAGAGAACAAGGAGACCUCUGCAAACUCAUCUUCCAUAGCCAAAAUUCGAGCUCAAGCCAUAGGAUUCCAAGAAGGAAGAUUAAAGAGGGAAAAAGUUGGGAAAAGUGUGAAUAAUUAAGGCACUUGUAAAGGGUAUUUCAAGUGGUUUCACAAAGUUGGAAAAGUCGCCGGAGUUGUCGCCGGAGUUGACCAAAAGUCGCCGGAGUUUCACCGGAGUUCAACCAAGAAGGGUAGAACUUCAUAACGCUAGUUCAAGGUUGAAGCUAGGGCUUGCUACUUGCACCUUCUCACGGGUGAUAUCAUAUCGGGAAGACGUGAAAUAGACGGUAAGCGAAUGGCAACAAGGAAUGACCCUAAGGGACAAGCGUCGGUAGCUUACCUUGAGGCUAGCCGGGCUGUGUCACGAGCCAUUACGGGGAGAGGAAUAGGCCAUGGGGUCCGUGAGGGCCGCCAAGCGGCAAGCGCUAAUCAAGUGGGCUCGAUGUGUAACAUGAACACCAGGAGGAACGAACGUAGGCGUCAGGCAAGGCGAGAUCGGGCCACCUCCCAACGUGAUAUGACUGUCAGCCAAACCCAUCCUUGGGCAAACGACCAAGGAGGAGAAAGCACUCUUACGGCACUGGCAUCACCGGUGAAAAAGAAAAGGACCUCAAGGUGGCAUACGUCCUUUCCUUACUCUUUCAGACCAUCCAAAUGUUCAAAUUGCUCUAAGAAACAUUUCGGAAAGUGCAACGAGCCCCCGAUGUGCUACGAAUGUGGGAGCACAACCCACAUGAAAUUAAGUUGCCCAUGGAGGAGGCAACGAGAGACAUCGCAAGCCAAGGAAGGGCUCACCGUGGAAGGAAACCAUACGGAACCAACGGCGAGCAACGCUACGUCCGUCAAUCAAGGUGGGGCCCAAGCACGAGACUACGCGAUGACCGAGGCGGAUGCGCGGGCAAACCUAGACUCCGUCGCAGGCACUUGUAAAGGGUAUUUCAAGUGGUUUCACAAAGUUGGAAAAGUCGCCGGAGUUGUCGCCGGAGUUGACCAAAAGUCGCCGGAGUUUCACCGGAGUUCAACCAAGAAGGGUAGAACUUCAUAACGCUAGUUCAAGGUUGAAGCUAGGGCUUGCUACUUGCACCUUCUCACGGGUGAUAUCAUAUCGGGAAGACGUGGUUCGUGCUUCCUUAUUUUCUUUCAAACUACCAAACACGUGCUCAUGAAUGUUUGUUUUACUAUAAACUAUUUUUGGGGCUUGCAUGCCCAUGUUGUUGGCCGGUUGUGGCUCAUGACUUACCGUUGAAUAUUUCCGCUAUUCAUUGGUUUAAAUGUGAUGUUGUUAUGUAUGUUUACUACUGAGUAUGGAUGGAUUGUUUUCU